AUCUUUGGCUAAUAAACCAAAGAUUCAGUCCUUUAGUCCAAACGAUGAUCAUCAAACCACCAGACUUAAAGACCCUUAAUUAGAAAUAAUUUAUUCUCAAGCUCCGGAGAGGGGAUGAGAACUGGUUCCUUUCGUGUUUGAUCCCAGAGUUACUGGGACAGGCUGGUGGUGACUGCUGGAGGAUUUAACGCUGAGUGACAACAGGCCCACAUGUUGUCACGAAGAGGAGGAAGAGGGCCCCUUUUUGAUUUACUGUCGAUCCGUUCAAGCAGCUCCUACCUCUGUCAUUUAAAACAGAGAACGGCCGACCUGCAAAGAUCUGUCCUUCCAAACCAAAAGUCAAGAAAAUAUUUUAAAAUUUCAAAGUGUGUGACAUAGAGCUGUGAAAGAAAGAUCACACACACCCUCAACGACAGCACUGCUAUUUGUGGAAGCGCUCUGUGGGGGAGGGGCUUUAGUGGAGCUCGAGCAUUGACAGGUGUAAUGCAGAGGGUCAGGUGAAGGCAAUGAAUCACACGCCGCCACACGGCCACUAAAAGAGACGCGCCUGAAGACGAGCUGCUGUCAAAAUGCCAAUCAAUGAAAAUGUCAUGGUCACGUGAUGAGACAGACCCAGACGCUGGAACCCGGAAGGAUGACGACAGGCAGAAGUAGUUAGAAAAUUUUUAUUGUCCGUGGAGAAUGUGGAGCUGCGGCCGGAACUUGGAAUGGAGUUGCUGACUUGAGAUGGGGAAUGAAGGUCGGAGGUGGACUGGAGCGGCAGGGUUAACAAGCAGCUCCGGUAGCUGGAGAAGAUCUGAGCUUGGCACGGUCAGGGGGUUGUGGACUGCGACAAUAUGGGCAGGAAAGACAAGGAAUCAUGGGAAGCUGAACGCACCUCUGCUGCACUAGCGAGUUUGAAGCUGCAAGCUCAACAACCCACGCUGGAGAUUUAUGGGACGCCGGAAACUUCCGGACAACUUCAGUUGACUCUGCUGAGCGACGGUUCUGACAGCGCUGAUGAUGCUCCGGAAGACACUUGCGAGGACAAUGAAGGAGAACAGCUGGACUAUCACAUUGGCUCUGUGUUGAAGGACAGAUAUGAGAUGGUCUCCAUGUUGGGGGAUGGAGCUUUUGGAAGAGUGAUGAAGUGUCUUGACCGGCACAAAAACGAGUUUGUGGCCGUGAAGGUUGUAAUGAACUUCGAGAAUUCCUAUGAAGUAGCCCGAUCGGAGAUUGCUGUUCUGGAAGAGAUCAACAGCCUGGACGAUGACAACAAAUUUGCCUGUGUGAGGAUGCUGGACUGGUUCGAAUGCAAACGCCACAUUUGCAUCGUAUUUGAGCUGCUGGGACUCAGCACCUUCGAGUUCCUCCGACAAAACGACUUCCUACCUUUCAGCGUGGAGCAGAUACGACACAUGGCCUUCCAACUUUUCAGAGCAGUCAGCUUUUUGCAUCGAAACAAGCUGACCCACACAGACCUGAAGCCAGAGAACAUCCUGUUUGUGUCCUCAGCCUUUGACUUGGAGGACGACCCAAAGACGAUGUGUGUCUGCAGGAAGCCAAAAAGUCUAGAAGUAAAAGUGGUUGACUUUGGCACUGCCACCUUUGACCACCAACAUCACGAGUCUUUGGUGUCAACACGUCACUACCGCGCUCCAGAAGUCAUCCUGGAUCUGGGCUGGAACCAGUCAUGUGACGUUUGGAGCUUGGGCUGCGUCCUCUUUGAGUUUUACUUUGGACAGACACUCUUUCUGAGCCACGACUGUCUGGAGCAUCUGGCCAUGAUGGAGGAAGUCCUGGGACCAAUUCCUCCACAUCUCCUGGAACAAACCAGGAAGAAGCAUUUUGUUCAUAACAACCGGCUGAAACGGGACGAGCAGAGUUCCUCUGGGGGUCACAUCAGGGAGCACUGUCGCCCCCUAAAGUUCAUUGAGACGGAGAGUGAAGAGGAGCAGCAGCUGCUGGAUCUGCUCGGAUGCAUGUUGGAGUACGACGUCGGCAGGAGGAUCACUCUGGAGGAAGCACUCUGGCAUCCUUUCUUUAGCCUGAUGAGGACGAAGCAAACACAAAGAAGCUAACACCGACACAACACACUAACGCACACCAACACCCACACACUAACACACACCAAAACACCCCCACACAUACCUAAACACACCAACACACACUACCAAGGCAACACACUGAC